AUGAGCUUUCCCAGUUUACCCAACGAGGUGAUUCUCCUCAUACUCUCUCAAUUAAAGUACGAGAAUGAGAUCAACGCCCUAUGUCGCACGACCCGGUGGCUGCAUGCACUCCUGAACCCCAUUCUGUACAAGCGUAGCCUCACACAACAAAACGGGGGAUACACGCUCGAAUGGGCCGCCAUCAACGGGUCGACCUCAACCGCCCGAAUGAUCCUGGACGCUGGUGCCCCGCCAAAUGCCUGCGGAGGGAAGCCAUGGCAACCCUUCGCCUUGGCUGCCUUUUACGGAAGCAGUGAGAUAAUAAGACUGCUAUACGAGCAUGGUAUUGAUCCGUGCUCCACCAAAAAUGACUGGGAUAACCAUCCUCAUGGUAAAAAAGGCAUCAGAAACUGGGAAGAGGGACAUCCGCUCUCCAUGGCGGCGUCCUCCGGCCACGUUAAUGUUGUCAACCUAUUGCUUGAAUACGGUGUGUGCCCGGAUCUCCCCACAGGUUCCCUCCAGAAGAGAACAGCUCUUCAUCGCGCAGCCGAGAAUGGCCAUCUCGAUGUUGUCCGCGUGUUAGCCGACGCGGGGAGUGCGAUCAAUGCGCAGGACGGGAACGGCGCCACGCCUCUCGCACUUGCGGCGCAAGAGGAUUACCUGGAUAUCGUGGAAUUUCUACUUUCACGCGGCGCAAAUCCUAAUAUCGCCACUGAAGGCCGGGGAACAUCGCUCUGCAUGGCAUCUCGGACCGGUAACAUUGACAUCGUGCGAUGUCUAAUCGACCACGGGGCAACUCCCAACCCAUCCCACCCAGACGGCAUGAAACCCCUCUUCCAACUAUCUCACGCAGCGGAGGCAGGACAUGGCGACAUCGUUGAUCUCCUCCUCACGCGCUUUGAUUAUAUCAAAUCCUCCACAGAACCCUAUCAACAGGGCAUCCUCCUUUGCGUCGCCGCAAUAACCGGCCGCACCACCCUCCUUACCAACCUCCUAACAAAGCACAACUACGACCCAAACCUACGUGUCACCAACGAACGAAUCUUCACCCCCAAAAGGAGCUACUUCUGGGCGCCGACAAUGCCCCUCACCUGGGCCGCAGAGCGCAACCAACCCGCCGCAGUCGAUAUUCUCCUCUCCCACGGUGCAAGCAUCAUGCCACCAACUGACAAAUCCCCUAAUAACAGCAGAACCAAUGACGAACUGCUCGCCCUCCUGCGCGCAAUUCAUAACGGCCACAAAGAAGUCGUCGAAAUAAUCCUCGCCCACGGAGCCAACCCAAAUGAUCCUGCCGGAGAAGCCCUCUCUACCGCCAAGAGUACACCUUCCAUCUUCUCCCUCCUCCUCUCCUACAAUGCAGACCCAAUGAUUGCCCUCCCCAACCGCAAUCUCCUCGCCGAUGUCCUCGAUUGGGGCAAUGUUGACACUCUCCGCAUCCUCCUUGACCACCCCAAAGGUAAAGAGCUGGUCACGGACCCAAUCUUAGGCGGAGACCUAUUUAAUCAGUGUUUGGUCCCGCUAUUCUCCGCUGCCCUCUCUGGUGGCGAAGACGUCCUCCGUUUUCUACUUGACCGUGGUUUAGUGGCCGCACCGAAAAACAUCCACCGUGAGACCGUAUGGCAAUAUAUAUCUGUCGCGGUGUCUCAUGGCAGGAUCUCUCUUGUGCGUCUGCUUCUAGAUCUGGGCCUUCAUAUCCAUGCGGGUGAUAAUACGGUGUACCUGCUCAUGCAGGCCAUGAAGGCCGAUGAAGAUCCCGAGGGGUUACUUGAUUUGCUUUUACAUAAUGGAUGUAGGAUCGAUGAUACGGAUGCGCUUGGUCGAACUGCGUUUAUCAGGGCUGCGGGACACGGGCAUCAAAAUGCCAUGCGAUGGCUAUUGAAACAAGGGGCGAAUCUGCUGGUUGCUUUUGAGGGUGAGACAGCGUUGUCGGUUGCGGUGAGGGAGGGCCAGCUGGGUGCUGUCGCGAUUAUUCUAUGGGCAUUUGAUGACAGGGGAUUAACUUUGGGUGAAGUCGAGGGGGCGUUGAAACGGGCGGAGGAGAAUGCGUUGGAACUUGAUCGGCCAAAUAUCGCUAUAGUGUUGCAUCGGUUCUACUGGCGGAAGCGGUAUCCGGUCAGUCCCUGA